AUGCCAAGCAAUUUACUAAUAUAUGUCAAAAAUUUUGGUCCAACUAUAUCUGAUGAUACAUUUGUUACCGUAUUUAAUAAGUUUGCUGAAAUCACAAGUUGUGUGGUGAUGAGACAUAUGGAUGGAUCAUCUAAAGGAUUUGGAGUUGUGGCUUACAGAGAGGCAAAAUCGACUCAUGCAGCUAUUGAAGAAUAUACUAGUUAA